AUGGCACUCGGUGAUUCCAUCACGGGAAGCCCUGGCUGCUGGCGUGCCCUCCUCUGGCAACGCCUCCAAGCUGCCUCGAUAACCAACACAGACUUCGUCGGCACCCUCCCGGGCCAAGGAUGCAGCUUCACCUACGACGGCGAGAAUGAGGGCCACGGUGGGUAUCUCUCGACCAACAUUGCCAGCCAGGGCCUGCUCAAGGGGUGGUUGCAGAGCACGAAGCCGGAUGUGGUGAUGGUGCAUCUGGGGACGAAUGAUGUGUGGAAUAAUAAGUCGCCGGAGGAGAUUAUUGGGUCUUUUGAGAGCUUGCUUGGGGAUAUGAGGGAUAACAAUCCUGCGAUGAAGGUGUUGUUCGCCCAAAUCAUCCCCAUGGCGCCCUCCAACUGCCCGCAAUGCGGCUCCCGCGUCGAAGCUCUCAACGCCGCCGUGGCGGAGUGGGUUCCCACGGUUUCGACGGAGGAGAGUCCCGUUUCGGUCGUGGACUGCUGGACCGGUUUCGACACGGCGAAGAUGACGGGGGAUGGUGUGCAUCCUAAUGCGGUUGGCAAUGAGGCGUUGGCGGACAGCUGGUUUGAGCCUUUGGCAGAGGUGAUUCGGAGUUUUGGAUAG